AGCUCUGCACUGUGACCCAGCCUUGGCUGUGAGCUUGUCUGCUGUAUGUCUGAGACUGGGAGGCUGCCCCUCCAUGUGUGCAUGUGUGUGUGUGUCGCUGUGUGUGUGUGCUCUACCGCCACCACUGCUGCCCUUUGAUCCUUGCAUUAGUGUUAGGGGCUUGAAGACACACAGGGAGCAGCCAUAGACACAGCGGCAGCAAGCAAGCACGGCUCAUCACCAUGAUGUAGCCUUUACAUGCACAACACACACAUAUAGAUCAGCUCCAUUCCCCCCAUUGAGGAAUAUUUAUUACGGCUGGGGGAGGGAGGUGAAAGGGAGGACAAGCCAGGUGCAACCACCAAGCUCUCUGACUCCAGGAACCAGCAAAGAGCUGCACUCAUCAUCAAUUUCUAUUUUAUUUAUUUUAUUAUUUGCACAUACCCCUUCUUUGCACUGCUGUCAUCUGGCUUUCAUCGUACCCACCGAGGGAGGACAAUGUGAUCGACCUGGCCUCCCCACAUAUCUUUACCAAUUUAAAAGGACAGGGGAGAAAAUGCCCAGGAGGAAGCAGGAGCAACCCAAGCGCCUGCCUUCACAUGGAACUAGACAACAAGAGGUGGAAGGAGAGGCCAGUGAAGAAGAAAACUGGUUUGGAACAAAUUCAGAAACCCCGUCAGAAGCUUCUUAUGGUGAUGUUCAAGAUUAUAAAUUGUCACCUGAUCACAGAGGGCGAGAGUCACCCACUUCUCCUGAAACCUCUCUUGGAAGUGCAACUCCGAGUUUGAAUGCAGAUCUAGGGAAUUUGGAGAAUGAACUAUUCAAAGAGUCCUCUCAGUGCAAGGAGCACUUAUCAACUUCUCUGUCUUCUUUGGAUGAUGAUGAGCAAGUAGGCCCAAAUAAACCAUUAAGCAGUAAUCUCCGACGCCUCCUGGAGGCAGGUUCUGUACAACUAAUAACAGAAUCUACUACAAAUGGAAGGGAAGAGUCAUCGCUUGGUUCUGGUUCAUGUCUCCAGUUUUCUCCUUCUCAUCACGCAAAGCAGUUGAGUGUCCUUGCCAGGAAGCUGGCGGAGAAACAAGAACAGAGUGAUCAAUAUGGAGGAAUAUCAACUAACCGGUUCAUUUGGAGUCAGGAUAAAUGGCUUCAAAACACUGCUAACAUGUGUGGCCUGUCACCAGAUUCUGCUAUCCUUAAACUAAAAGCUGCUGCUAACGCUGUUCUUCAAGACCAAUCCCAGUCAAGGAAUGAAGAAACACUGAGAUUCGAGUCAUUUACUUCACCCUUCAGUUCCCAAUCUGCCAGUUCAACCUUAGCAGCUUUAUCAAAGAAAGUCAGCGAGAGAGGGAUGACCUCUGGACAGGAGCGUCAUUCUCCAGCUGGCCCUUUUCUCUCUCUGGCUUCCAUGACCUCCUCUGCUGCCCUUCUCAAAGAAGUUGCAGCACGGGCUGCAGGUAGUAUGCUUGCUGAGAAAAAAAAACCUCAUAUCGCAGAUGAACCUUUGCCUCUGCCUGAAGAGAAUCAGGAAAAGGGAACUUCAAAACAAUCACUGGAACUGCUGUUACUUCCGUCACCCAAAGGAAGAUCUUCCAAGACUGGAAACCAAGCUCCAGAGGAAGAAGGAGGAAAGCCAUUCCAGUGUCCUAUUUGUGGAUUAGUAAUAAAAAGAAAGAGUUAUUGGAAAAGGCACAUGGUGAUCCAUACGGGUUUAAAAAGCCAUCAGUGUCCACUAUGUCCAUUCCGCUGUGCCCGCAAGGACAAUCUUAAAUCACACAUGAAGGUCCACCAGCACCAGGACAGAGGGGAGACCUUUCAAUGUCAACUUUGUCCUUUCACUUCUUCCCGUCAUUUCAGCCUGAAAUUACAUAUGAGAUGUCAUCAGCACUUCCUCCGAGCAGAGGCCAAGGUGAAAGAAGAACCUAGUGAUAUGGAUAUUAAAGAUUGUAAUUUUAAUAAUUCACUGGGAAACCACAAUGAGAGAAAUACAUCCCCUGCACAUGGAGCUCUACUGCCAGAGACCUUAAGCCAAAUGAGCUCUGGAGUUGUGUGUUCACUACCUAUCAAAGUGGAGCCUAAAGAUGAUGACUGUCUCUCUGUGAUUCCAUAUAAUGAUCGACCUAACAGUAACAGCAGCAUGAAGCUAAAAGACUCAUUGGAUUUUGUUACUUGCUCUUCAUCCCUUUUCAGUCAGGAUAUAUCUGUCAAGAUGGCGUCUGAUUUUCUUAUGAAGUUAUCAGCUGCAAAUCAGAAGGACCCUUUAACCCUUACUGUUAAAGUAAAAGAAGAGCCUAUUCACGAAGAAGCUACAAGCUCCCUGUCUCCACAGUCUGGAUAUAACUUUAAACAGGAACCUGAGGCACAACUCUCCAGCACCCCCGAUGGAGAAUACAAAUCAACGGAGACGCAGCCUAGUCUACUUACACAGGAUAUUUCUGUCAAAGCAGCAUCUGAGCUUCUAAUGAAACUUUCAGCUGAAAGUUGUAAAGAGGCACAGACUGUGAAGAUUAAAGAAGAACCUAUGGAGGUUGACAUCCCUGACUCUUCCGUCUCCCCCAGACAAAACAUUGGAUACAGCACUUUAUUAAGGCAAGAAAAAAAUGAGCACUUGCAGAAAAUACCAGAAAGUAGAGUUAUUCCCGAAGGGAACUUGUUCAGCCAAGAUAUAUCUGUGAAGAUGGCUUCCGAACUUCUUUUCAAAUUAUCAGAAAAAGUAAGCAAAGAACACAAUCACAAGUCAAAUAUCAUCCGAACAACCAGUCCUUUUUUUUCAGAAGAAAAAUUUAGACAAUCACCCUUUACCUCCAACUCUAAAGACCACCUAAAAAUUGAAGCUGUCCCGCCGGGAAGAACAUCUUUACAAGAUUCCGAAGCUACUGGGAUGGAUGCGGGCUCUGGGCUGACUUCGUGGAAAUUUAAUGAACAACUCUUUCCUUGCGAUGUCUGUGGAAAAGUGUUUGGCCGACAGCAAACCUUAUCUCGGCAUCUCUUGUUGCACACAGAAGAAAGAAAAUACAAAUGUCACCUGUGCCCAUAUGCUGCAAAGUGCCGAGCUAAUUUGAAUCAACACUUGACAGUGCAUUCGGUGAAGUUGGUAAGCACAGACACCGAAGAUAUUGUCAGUGCCGUCAUUUCAGAAAGCUCUGACAAAAAGAAGAACCCAUAUUACUACAGUUGCCAUGUCUGCGGGUUUGAGACAGAACUGAAUGUCCAGUUUGUGAGUCACAUGUCCCUCCACGUAGACAAGGAACAAUGGAUGUACUCAAUCUGCUGCAGUACAUGUGACUUCGUCACCAUGGAGGAAUUGGAUAUGAGGACCCAUAUCAGUACCAAGCAUUCCGGAGAUGACAGAAAGACCCCCAGUGAAUCAAUAAGCCCCUCUUCUUCUUCAUUGUCUGCACUUAGUGACUCAGCCAACAGCAAAGAUGAUUCAGACACCCCACUGAGAAACCAGACUUCAAACAACUUGCUGGUUAUUUCUGUAAUGCCUGGUUCCCAGUCCUUAGUUAGCACCGAGGAGAAGUCAGAGAAAGGUUUUGAGUGCGUUUUCUGCAAUUUUGUGUGCAAAACAAAAACCAUGUUUGAAAGGCACCUGCAGAUCCACCUAAUAACACGGAUGUAUGAGUGCGAUGUUUGCCAUAAGUUCAUGAAGACAGCGGAGCAGUUGGUAGAACACAAGAAAUGCCACACAGUCCCGACCGGUGGGCUCAAGUGCCCAUUCUGCAUUUACUCCACAAACCGCCCUGCCGCCAUGGAAUGUCACUUAAAGACGCACUACAAGAUGGAAUACAAGUGUCGAAUCUGCAAAGUGGUAAAGGCGAAUCAGCUGGAGCUGGAAGUGCACAUCCGCGAGCACCGGCUCGGGAAUCAUUACAAGUGCGACCAAUGCGGCUACCUCUCAAAAACGGCAAACAAGCUGAUUGAGCAUGUGCGUGUCCACACAGGAGAGCGCCCCUUUCACUGUGACCAGUGCAGCUACAGCUGCAAGCGCAAAGACAAUCUCAAUUUGCACAAGAAACUCAAGCACUCACCCCGUCAGACCUUCAGCUGCGAAGAGUGCCUGUUUAAGACCACACACCCCUUUGUCUUUAGCCGCCAUGUCAAGAAGCACCAGACCGGUGAAUUGUUGGAAGAGGAGAAGAAAAAUCAGACUGCAAACCUGAAGGAAGUUACACCAUUGCUCACCGUCAAUGACUCUAGGAGCCUGUUGUCCCCUCUCUCAGUCAUGUCUGCUUCUCAGGCUCUACAAACAGUGGCCAUGUCUGCUGCGCAAAGCAGCAGUGCGGAGACACACUUAGCACUUAAAGCCUUUACAGUAAAUGGUAUCUCAUCAAGCUCAGAUAGGUACCAGAACUCCGAAUUUGCUCAUCUCAUUCCCUUAACAAUGCUUUUUCCCAAGAACCAUUGUGAUGUCACAUUCCAUCCACCCAGACCUCAGACGGCACCUCCCGGUGUCAGUACACCGAAGCACUCCUUCCUCGCUUACCUAGGACUAAUAGAAAGGGCAGAAACUGUUUGAGGGCAGUCCUUUCUCUGUCUCAAAAACUAAGCAGGUAUACAUUGCUGCAAAAUAUAGGUUUGAAAGGUAUGACAUGUGUACUGUAUAUCAUUAGCAAGAUUAGUUAAUAGCCUCUGUGUAUAUACUUACUGCAUUUACAUAAAAGCUGCUUAACUGAGUCUUCAGACAGGUAACCUACUGCAUACUUCUACAUAUCAAGAGUCUGGUUUUCCCCGAACCUCCGCUUGAAUUCAAUCCUUCUGAAGGACAUUUGCUAUCUGCACUUAUAAAAUAACAAAUGAUUGUCUUUAUUUCUGUUGUUUGUGUGUAUAUGUAAUAGAGAGGAAUAUUGUUCCCUAAUGGAUACAAACAUGUAAGUAUUGUUGUAUUUUGUUUUUCCAUCGUUAAAGAACAAGAUGCAGACCUAUUUUAUUGAAGCCAGUUCUGAUGGUGGCCAUUGAAAAUAUAUUUAUGGUUAUUCCAUGCUUACAACUAAAUACAAUAUAUUUUGAUACUAUUUUGCAAGCAGCAAUCCAUCUAAAAAAAAAAAAAUAUUUAUAUGAAAGAAUGCAUCCUUCAUGCACCAGCAUUUUGGGGUGUUUUCCCACAUUUUAUAUUUUCACAGGAAACCACAGCAUCAAGCCAUAGUUUGCAGAAUCACUACUGAACCUCAAAAGGUAAAAGAGUAUCUGGAAGAAGAAAAAAUUACUAAUUUUAUACAUCUAUGGACAUGGCCCAAAUAUUUGAAGGAAAUAUUUAAUUAAACAGAAUACAAUUUGGCUAGACACAGACCCUGACAUUUGUCCUGUCACAAAGAUGGCAC